GCUAGCGAGUAGGGCGAGUGUAGCGAGCGCGGACUUUUUUCGCGUUUCGCGGGCCUCACCUGUGCGGUAAACCGCGGAGAGACGCGGCGGCCAGUCUUUGCCCGACCUUCCAGACACCAACACGAUCAUUGUCCAUCCGACAAUUGUUCACUCCAACAAAUGCAAGAACAACAACAACAACAGACGUGACAACGCGAGUGCUGUGCACCUGGAUAAUCUCGUUUCGAGCGAGUUCGGAAAAACGCAAGUUGCAUCCCUCAAACACUGCGGACAGCAAGAGACAAACGAAAAUUGUGCGCGCCCUUGGGGAAGUCUCUGCCGUGGACGUGCAAAUACAAGAAACAGAGACAUAAGACAGGUCCUUGGGACAAGUACGAUAACUAUUUUUCCUUUUAUAAGGCUCGCUCUCAUCGUUCUCGGAGAUUGUGCAUAAUUCAUAAGCGCCCUUUUCCGUGUUUUUUUUCUCUCUCUUUCUCUGUCGUUGGUUUCGUUUUCGUUGUCGUCGUUUCAACUUCUUUUCUUGUAUUUUAUUUCACUUUCCGUACGCGCUGUACCGAGAUCAGCGUGCCGAUAACCAUCGUGUCCUCUUGGUGUGUCUGUCUGCUGGACGACCGAGGGUUGCGUCCUUCGUUCGACUCUUCUUCUGGUACCACUCCGACUUCUUUCAUUCCAUAUGCAAGUCGUGUGCUAACGUCGCUUUUUUACAAAGAGAUUCCAUAAACUGACCAGGUGAUCGUUCUUAUUUAGUGAUACCUAAACGAGUAAAUACGUUGCAUCGAAUGAAAUACAUCAUACAGUGAUCAUUAACAUCCCAUUCUGGUCUACAAUUUAUACUUUGAUUCUUCUACAUCUACUACAAGAUUAGAAACUCUUAUAAUUAAGGAUUAUGCACUUCUUCAACAGAAGCGGCAAAGGAAUCCUCCGAGAUUUAUAAUGUAAAAGUUAUGGAUGGUGCGAUGUUUCAAAACGCGACCGUCUCUUCGAGGAGCAGCUCCAGCCGUGGGAGCGGCGGUAACAGCUGCAGCAGGAACUCCUCGAUGCCUUCGCUGAGGAUGAGGAGUCCGCUGUCGCCGAAGACCUCGUACAAUCCACUGUUCAGGCAUUCGGACGCCUUGACUAGUUUCGACGCCUCGCAUUUCAUCUUCCAGGAGAAGAGGAAGGACAAGAAGGAUCGGAAAACUGCGGUCCUGAGGCGGUACAAUUCCCAUGAUUCCAGCGCGAACUUCAGCAAAGACAACACUCCGGAUAGCACGAAAAGUCGUGAUAGCAGGACCACCCCGGACACGAGUCCCGAAUCUACAGGUGACCGAAAGUUGGAUCUCGAGGCAAGGGAUUUCCUCGAACGUUAUUCGUUGCCGAGGGUUGUCAGGGUUGCAGGAAGCGAACCUCUCCUCCUUUACCGCUGUUUCGACAGCUUCACCAAGAUCGAAGCACGAGCUGUUUACACCAAGAAGGGCAAAGAGAAGACGGAUACUAAUGUCCUGCACUUCCCCGAAGGAUACAACGGUUGGUUCUCGUUAAUUAACGAGAAGGGCGAUCGAUGCGCUGUGGCCUACUCGUCCGUGCUGCAGCUAGUUAGAGAGCAAGUGUGCUCUUUUAUUAGCAUCCAACCUUUUAUUGCUUACGCUGGUCAUCACAGUGACCCCUCUGAUUCUACGCCACCCGCGAAAUUUCAAUAUUUGAAAACGCAAGUGAAAGGAGGACAGUUGUUCCAGCUGAGGGCAGUCUUCCAGCAUCGGGACCAUGACGGUGGAAGGAUGUCCACCAAGACGGUGAAGCUCUCCAAGUCCACCCGAGAGAAGGACCUGGGCAACCGCUACGCUCAAUUAAUUAGUCAAACUAAUCAAGAUUUAUUUCCGCAGGAAUUCUACGUGCCUUUGACGACCAAAGGCGAAUUCUACGAGAUACACAGCUCGGUGAAAGCGAAACUGUGCUUUCCGGGGAUGCUCGACAAGACUGGACCUUUGGCACUUGACAAGGACUGCCUUUACAAGAUAACACACCUACUGCGAAGGGUUGCUUUGCCCAUCAAAGUUAAACUCUUGGCGGGACCUUUACCUACUGGACUUCCAAAAGACUUUGCAGCGGAUACUUUCAUCCUGGAGAAGAAGUUCCAGGAGCCGCUCAUGGUAACAUGCACUUUACCAGCCCCUUCCGAAACUGCCAAGCACGAGAUAAGCUGCAUCAACCUCAAUUCCGGAGUGAAGAUAUCGAGAUGCAUGUUGGGAUUUGACUCGGAAAACAGGCUGUUCAAGUCGCAGAGGCUCCAGGCAGCUUUGGCGUUCUGCCACAAGAACGUCGAAAGCUGGUAUCGAGAAGUUAGGUUAGCGCCAAACCUUGAGGUGUGCUACGAGUGCCGAUCAUGCAAAGGUUCAAAUUGCAAGAAAGGAAGCUGCGAAAACUUGGUGGAGGAAGAGACCAAACAGCUCAUAACUAAAGAGGUGCUGGAAAAGUUUCCCAAGUCAAAGAAAUGGUACAAACAUUUCAAGAUCCUCGGAGUUGGUGCAGAGGAUAAGUUUGAGAAUUUGAAAGAUCCUAUAGAUGGCAUGGAGAAGGUAAAGAGCAUAGAGCGAUACAAGGACAUGUCGAAGCUGAUCGAGGACAAGUUUGGGAAGAAGAGUUACAAUCCUGUGAAGAAGUCCGCCAGCUUCAUGUUCUCUACAAAAAGGAUCGAUUUGGAGGAGACGCCGACGCAGACCAAAAACAAUCCGGCGCUGCUCAAAUGUCAAAGUCUCGAUACUCAGUUGUUUUCCAUAGAGGAAUCAUCGCAACCGCCUACCCAGUGGCACACCGCCAAGUCGAAUAUUUCCGAUAGCUUGAGCUACGACUUCCAGAUGUGCAUCCUGGACAACGAGACGACGUCCAUCGAGAAACCGAAAAAGAAGCAACCGUUGAAAAUCGACUUGGAUGAAAUCAGACCUGCGACUGAGGAUGUGAAACUAAAGAAGACGAAGCCCGAUCUCAUCCCGACAUUAACCAAGGACGACAGCAGUUUCAUGACGGAUCGCCUGUGUUCGGAGUUCCACGUGAAGACGAAAGUCCAGAAGCGCAGCAUCAGCAAGCAUUCGAUGCUUACGAACAACCUGGAGAAAAACCGCGGAAGCAUGCGGGUGGCCGAAUCCACAAGUCUCUCCAUCUUCGAUAUCCAAAUGGCGCAAGAGAAGAAGCCCAAUGUUAAAUCGGUGGUAGUGCAAAUCCACGAGAAUUCCUUAUCCAAAACGAAGAUGCAGUUGCGCAAGAAGAUUCUGGAUGAGGACAUCCCCUACAGCCACGUCGCCGACGAGGUGUGCGCCAAGCCCAGCGGGAAACACGAGAACAUCUACGCUGAGAUAUGCGAGCAGGACGCGAAAUGCAAAUGUGAUAACGGCUCUAUCUGCAAGUGCAGACACAAACCGCACUCGGAAUAUUGUUACGUGAAGCUAGGCUCCAACGGCGACAGUGUAACAUCGGAUUCUGACGAAGCCAUCUACAACACACUGAGAUGAAACUGGAACUAUAUUUAUUCUUAUGUUUUAUUUUAUUUUUUUAUAUACAUUAUUUCCC